GGGGAGCAUGUACUCACCACCAUGGCCUACACGACGUUGAAGGUUCAUAGAAAGCGCCUGCUGAAGAUGCCCCGGGACCACCUGCGGGAGUUCCUCCAGGAGACCUUGAAGAAAGCCUGGGCCCUGGACGAUGAUGUUUUCAUCAAACAGCUUCAAGCCUCGAAGCAUGAGCUGGGGAAGCUGCACUGUCUCCUGCCACCCCAAGCAAAGCCUGAUGAGUGCUGCAGCCUGUGCCUGGGGCUGCCACGUGUUUCUCUGGAGCGGGUGCCUCCCCCAAAGACUCCAAGAUGUUCCAGCAUGGCUCCAGGGACUGCGCAGGAGCAGCUUGAGGGGAUAACUGCUCACCCAGAAGGGCCUCAUCUUCCAGAAUGUUCCUCCCUGCACAUGAUUUUAAAGAGCAGCCCAGAGGAGGAGGCUGGGAACUCUGUAGGAGGAAACACCAAGUGCCAGGGCCCCGGCUCCUGUGGGGUGAUGUCCAAGUGUGUGGGAGCCCCUGGCAUCUCCCCAGGCCCCAAGGAUGCAUGGAAAGGAAAACUACUGUCCUCCUGGGCCAGCACCUCUCGUCUCAGUGUGCCUGCCAAAGGUGUAGGGUGCCCGCCCCCAGAGCUGGGCAGCCAGCAGGGCCUGGCAGCCCCUUCUACACCUGCCUUAGUCAGGAUGGUACCAUCUCUGAUUCAUUCACCUGCAGACCAGGCUGUGGGGCUCAAGACCUCACACCUGCAGAGCAUCCCUGGCACCCUACCUCGCCAUGGGGACAGGCCCAGCCUGAAGCCUGCUGGAGUCAUUGCUGUGCCAGGACCACAGCCCUGGGUGCCCUCACCUGCCAGUCGCAUCCUUGCCAUCCGCUUCCUGGGGCAGCUGCAGCUCUCCAGGCUGCUGCAAGAGUGGGCUCACAGCCUGCCCGGUUUCUCCAUGCUGGCCUCCAUGCUGCACAGAGCUCCCUUCAGGGGCUUCUGUUCCCUCUCCCUGAGGGGUGUCACCCUUGGCCAACUCAUGCGCUGAUACUAUUUGGGUCUCAUGGUUGCUUAGAGUGCCCUGAACAGACCACACUCAGGGUACUGUGCCAGGCCCCGUUGGCCAGCAAGACCUUCACCCCUAACCUCAGACCU